AUGUUAGACGGAUGGGAUGCAGCUGUUCGGGCUAGGAGAGCCGAACAGAAUAAGAAGGAUAGAAAGAAGAGAAAAAACGCAAAACUACAUAAAGUCCAACGGGCAGAGAGGAAAUAUGAGAGACAAGCUAUGAAGCUCGGUAUUUUGCCCUACUUUUUCCGUCCUACCUUGCUUACAUUCAAACCCACCGCCUCCGGACCACGACUACUCUCGCCCGCCGGUUUACCCAGAGACCUGGGGUUUGACGAACCACUCUGA